GCAACUCGAGAGGGUGUCGAUUCGUAGAAUAACUGUGGCACAUCAUGAAAAUAAAUAUGCUUUUUUAGAAAUUAUGACAGAAAAGUUGCAAGAGGGCAUCCUGUAGGAGGAGUUCUUUGUGACCAUACCACGAACGGAUUUUCCCCUAUAAAAAGGAAAUUGAGCCUCCACAGUUCAAUAAACAGCUUUAUCCGGGGACCCCGAUGUACAGCUCCCCCAAAGCUUCCUGUCCUGACUCCCAAGAAGCUCGACUCUUCCUCCUCUGCACGGCCCUGUGACCCACUUCCACCUCCAUCCUGCAGUCCCACCCUGUUACGACCCACAGCAGCAACCACCGCCGCCACCAGUGUCAUGGCUCGUCACAUCCCGGACUUGUGCGGACUUGUUCCUGCGGCAUCACACUCCACUACACAGACUUGCGGAUAUAUUAACCACUAGAGUGAAAGAUACAGAGAAGACAAAGGGGGGAGGGACGGACAGGGAGAGAAAGCGCCGCCACAGGACGGAGAGAAGAGCUCAUCAGUCCCAGCAGCAGAGGGAUCCACCUGUCCCACAGAGGAAGGGGGACCCUCCCACCUCGUCGGUCUGGUUGCAGGGGGGAACCCUGCAUAGCCUGGAAGGCGACAGAGACUAUGCAGCUGGGACUGGUGGCGCUGGCAAUGGUCUUUCUCAGCUCCAUGGGUCACAGCGACGUCCUCAAGCUCUCCAAGGCGAGAAGGCAGAGACGGGUUAGUACCGAGGGGCCUCCUUCGUGCCCCAAAGGCUGUGACCGAUGCUCUGAGUACAAUGGUUGCAUCAAAUGCAAACCCAAGCUCUUCAUCUUCCUGGAACGCAACGACAUCCGUCAGAUAGGCGUGUGCCUGGCGUCCUGCCCUGUGGGCUACUUUGGGAUGAGGAACCCAGAGGGCAACAACAAAUGCACGCAAUGUAAAAUAGACAAUUGUGAAGCGUGUUUCAAUCACAAUUUUUGCACAAAAUGUAAGGAGGGCUUGUAUUCACACAGUGGGCGAUGUUACGUCAGCUGCCCCCCAGGCCAGCGCACUGCUAAUGAGACCAUGGAGUGUGUCGGUCAGCCUGCCUCAGAGUGUGAACUGGGUGAGUGGAGCCAGUGGGGUUCCUGUAUGAAGAAGAACAAAACAUGUGGAUUUAAGAAAGGCUCCCAGUCCCGGGUUCGUGUACCUCUUCCACAGGCCCACAGUGUGGACGCCUCCCCGGCACUUGUGUCCUCACAGACCUGCAGUCCGGAAACAGAGAGGAGGAAGUGCGUCGUGACGAAGACGCCCUGCAUUCGAGAAAAGAAGAGCAAAGGGGACAGACAAGACGAUACAACCAGGAGAGAGAGAGAGAGCACACGUGGGAGAGGACGGGAUGGUAGUCGAGGUGGAGGAGGAGGAGGAGGAGGAGGAGGAGGGGCAGGAGGAGGGGGGAAGCGGAGAAGAGGCCAGAGCAGGACGACCGCCGCUCCCAGCAUCACGACCAGCUCUGUCUCCUAAACUCCAGCGCCUUGCUGGAUGAGGCCGAUCAAGACAAGAGAGAAAGGCGACGCCUCACCCAGCAGAGCCGGCCACCAAUGAAUAUUCACGUUGAAGGAACGGAAUAAUGCUGCUAUGCUGCAAUGUAGAAGAAGCAAAGAGAACUGGAGGAUUGCUGCAACACACACACACACACACACACACACACACACACUCACACACACAAAAAAUAAAAAAAGGUUUCCUGAAGCUUUGUAAGAAGAUGAACAUAUCUGAUGGAGACUUUAUGGUUCAUUAAAGACUUCCUGAUGGCUGCUGGACUGCAGAGCCGCCCUGAAGACUGUGGUCGGACUUAUUAUCAUGAACUUGAAAUAAGAACAGAUCCCGAGUUUCAAAUCCAGCAUUCAAGCUGGCUUGAUAAAGAAUGAAGGAUUUCUUUGUUUUUUUUUUUUUUUUGUUGUUUUUUUGGGAGGGCUCUUCUUUGGUUGAUGAUAUAUUUUGUUCACAAUCUGUUCAUUUUUUUUUUUUCUGUUUGUCAGAGAUGGAAGAUGGAUUUUCUCAGCUGUAUGUGACAACGAAUGGUCACCUUCAUUUCCUAUUGUAAGAUAACAUGACAAAGAAGGCACUGGAAAUUAUUUGCGGUUGUUUGAAGACAGAGGUUGUUAAAUGUAUGACUUUGAGAAGGAAACCUAAAAGGACAUUAAGGGGAGGAUUACUGAGAGCUGAACUCAUGUCUUUCUCCAUUUCUUUGACAGAAAAAUUAGCCAAUUUGUAGGUUUCUGUUUGCUUUUGAUUCAUUCUUGAUGUUAGUAUCAGAAAAUAUCUGCACAGAGAUGAGUGAUUGCAUGUUCAAAGGCGAGCAACAGUGAGUCAGUGAGUUCGUCUCGACCUGAAGUCCGACUGUCUCUGUUCUUCUUAUGCAUUUCUGCACGGCGUUAUGCUGUCUGUCAGUGGAACUCGACUCUUUCUACAUGUGUCCUGAUGUUUGCACACGUGUGGAAACGCUGGAGGAAUGAAAGAAUAGUGUCUGGAAUACAGAAGAUAGGAAAUGUAAAUGCACAGUGAUAUAUCUGCAGUAAAUACAAGCCACUAGUUAUCAUAUAAACCAACAAACCAUCAGCUGUUCAGUUAUCACUACGUUUGGCAACAGGGUCUGAAGAUUUUGCACAAGUAUAAUGUUUCCUACUGCUCAUAUUUCAGAACAAUCAUAGCAUUUUUACAGAUAUGUACUCCCAAAGCUGGCUUCAUAGCAUUGCAGUGAAAGUGAGAAGUUUUUUUUCCCUGAACAUUUUCCAUGGUCUUUUUUUUCCCUCUGAGGUGAGAUUUGAGUUUAUGGAGCCAUUGCACACUACAUUAUUCAUACAUUUAUCAUAUGGAUUGUGAUACGGAUCAUGUCAAGCUGUGUUUAUCAUCAAACCUAAGAAGUAUUAGUAUCAUCAUGUAUAGCUCAUUCUGUGAAAGCCUGAAUA